AUGUUGCUCCCUUCCGCCCUCCCAUGCGAUGUGCGCCGGUCGUCUCGCUUCACCCCCAACCGCCUCUUCUCUACACCACCUCCCUCUGACAGAGGAUACCCCUCUGGCAACGGCCUUCUCGGCACCUGUCGCGCACUGCAGUCUCUGCUGAGCGGAUCGCCAGCUCCAUCACCGCGCCGGUCUGUCAAGCCGCAGCGCCUCCAGAGCCCUCUUCCCAUCAACCCGCCGCGUCGCUCAACUCGAUCGCGGAAGGUCGCUCGACCUGCAUCGCCUCGCCCAACACCUCCUCCAGCUACUGUUCCAUCCACGCCGCCGCCUCCGCCUUCUGCGCCCGCGCGCGGCGCGAACAAGCGUCGUCGCUCUAGUAUCGAUGAUGACAGCGACGCGGACAUAUGCCCUACCCGCAACCGCUUCUCCACCCCCAAACGCCGCCGCCAUGCUCCCUACAACCUGCCGCUUGGCCUCUCCUCGACGGACUUCUAUUCUUUGCAUUCUCCUCCCAUCACACAAUCACCACCGUCUCCUCAGCGUCUCAUGGAAGCGCGCAUUCCAGACUUUGGCCCGCGCAUUGAUCCAGAGGCAGUUCUGCCUUCUAUCGAAGAGCCAGAUGAGCCUUCGACUUCUUCGGAAGAAUGGUCCUCCGAAGAAGACCAACAACUCCUCGAGCUGGUCCUCGAGAAGUUCCGCCUUUCCCAACAAGAAUGGAAUGAGUGCGCGCGCCUGAUGGGCCGCACAAACAAUGCCGACGUCAGCCGACGAUGGAACUCUCUUGUGGGAGAGGGCCGAAUCGGUCUCCAAGGCGGACGGCAAUAA